AUGGAUCACGUAUCAACGUUAUGUGCGCUUAGCACUGUCGGUAUCGCACCCACCGGUCUAGCGCUCGGGCGCGCAGAACGAAGCCAGAAGCCGAGUCUGUUCCGGCGCAAGACUCUCUCCCAGGACCAACCUCUCCUCCCCCAAUAUAACGCAAAGACAUCCAUUGAUGCUCGGCCAAAGACAGCUUUGCCCCCGCGGACAAGUGUGGCAGCCGAGUGGCAGGCCGAAAAGGAACAAAGACUGGCAGAUAGCGCGUAUGGGAACCAAUACCAACCAGGUCUUCGGGGGGCAUCUUUGUCCUUCAGCGCUGUAAGACGUCGUCGUCGGGGUCAAACAUUCACGGCGCCUCCGCUGCAGAUUCCGGAAAAUGAGUCAACAGACUCGCAGCCUGACCACGCCCGACGACCAUCCACAAGCUGGCUGCGGCGCUUGUCAAUGGUCUCGUUCCAGACUGAGAGCCCGACCGCGAGUAGUCCAGUCACUCCUUCUUUCAAUGGGUCCGCGAGUCCUAUUUUUCCUCGUCCACCGAGUCAGCGACGGCCCCCGAAUAAGCUGAUCAAGCGCCCCGCAUCGCAGCACACGAACACACAUCCUCUUGGAUCACAGACCAUCUCCGGACCUUCGCCGUCUGUGCUGCGCAGGCCAGCGACGAGUCACCAGAGAUCAGAGUCGAUGCGCCUUCCUUUGGCCACAGAUUUCGACGAUUAUUUCCCCAAGAAUCUUCCUGUUGAAUCACCCGGAAUUGAGGACUAUGAGCUUGAUAAAAAGACAGAAUGGACGUCAUUUUUCCUUCCUAGGGCUGGUAAGUUGGCCGAGAGACUCUCACGCAGGUUCUCAACAUCGACGGCCCCGAAAGUUCAAAGUGUUCGCCAGAUUGGGUCUGAUCAAAGUGCUCUUCCCGUGUUAAUUCUCGCCUCUGAUGUCGCCACCACCACCACUACCAUGCCCGGAGAAGAUCAGCCAUUUCCUGGCACCCCGGUCGAAUUCCGCAACCCAUUCCAGGCAGCUGCCCCAGGGCCUGCUCCGGACCCAGUUCUCGAGCAGGUGGAGAGACCGAGUCAUAGGCAUUCGUACUCUGUUAAUGACGCUGAGCAAAAGCAGACUGUCAUUGCAAACACCGUCACUGGUUCUGGUGUUCCGAUUCUAGGACGACCUAGGGGUGGUUCUUUGAAGCGUGUGAAAGGACGCACUUUCUCUAUACCUCGGUCAGAGUUAUCCAAGUCGGAGAGGAUCAUCGCCAUCUCAACUCCGGACCUCGAGCAACGGCGUAAUAUCACCGAUCCGAAUGUCUUCCGUCGCCCACAUCCUGUGUCGCAACCUGGGGGUGCCCUUUCGGCUUUGGAGAGACGUUCUCAAGUUGUGCCGCGGUCAGUCUCUCAAGACUAUAACAUUGGCUUGGGAUCUCGGUCCGGCUUGGAUCCAGUAACAUCGGAUGCAGUCGCACUUUCAGCCUGGCAGCGGGCAUCGCGUCCCAACGGCCAGCCUUACUCUCUCCGCCGUCGUCCCAAGGGUUUCUCAAUCUCAGGGUCGGAUCCAUCUUCCACCAUAAUUGGCUCCGAUGAUACCAGGGUAUUUACAUCAUGUGAUGAUUAUGAAACCGAUAUUAUGAGUGAUUAUUGGGACUCAGUCCGCACACGCGAAACCACCGGUAGUGGACUGAAGGGUCUUCGGAUUGAGACGAUGUUUGACAAAGCAGGCACGAGUUUAGCCAAUGAAGAAGUCACGACCUUGGAGACUCUUCUGCCGCGGGGCUCUUUCGCCGCCAGGUCUUUGGAGCGGGAUCCUCAACUUUUCACUGAUCCAUUCCUGGCGUCGCCUCCUUUGGAUCAGGUCCCAAUGGUUGAUAACUCGUCAGUUUUGACCGAUGGACCGGAUGAUGACGCCCUGAGCAUGAUUGGGGCGUUGCCUGGCGAAUCCGACAGUGGAUUCCAGUCGCCUUUGUCGCUUGCGUUGUCCAAGUUCGCCGAACAGUCCGAGUCUGGCCUGACUUCAGCGAAGGGCUCAAGGAUAAAGGUAGACGCGUCCAACUCCGUUGUAAACAAGAAGACAAAUAUUUUCGACUGGUCUGAACAAUCACGUCCUGAUCGUGAAGCCUCCGACACUGAAACGCGUCCCAGAACCAUGCAUGGGAAGCAGGAAGGUGUUCUUGACAGAAGCAGUCGUGCUGUUUGCCGGAAAGCACCUUCCACUGUACAUCUUCGCAGUCAGAGUGUCCCAGUUGUGAGUGACAUUCCCACAAGUGACUCGCGCCAAACAUCUGGAAAGUUUGGGACCUGGGGCUUGGGGAGUAAAGGCGUCAGUGAAGACUGGGACAGUGAUUUCGAUUUCGACGAAUGCGAGGAUACGCCCACUGCCGAAAACACUCAGGUAUCUGAACCAGAAACUAUUCGUCAAAGUAUGACUGUUCCGAAAGCCAUCCUGGAACGACAAGCCAGUCUUCGUGGUCAGUUCGGGCAGGUUCAGGAACUAACGCUACUCGUUGAGGAAUUGAAACGUCUCCGACACCAGGCAAGUGUCUUGGAUCUCGUUAGCGGACCUUCUUGUGAAUUGUGGAAAGAGGCUGAGGGGAUUGUCAACCUUGCUACUAUUGAUGACGAAGAAGAGCAUCGCUCGCCUCCAGGAUCUCCAUCAUCCCUCACUUUCAGCUUCGAUGAAUCAGAGGAUGAGGGUCUUCAUGCAUCUUCCAAGCGUAACAGCGAAGUAUCAUGGAGCGAUGUGCCGCAACGUCAACGUGAAACUCCCUCGCCCCUCACUCAGCUUGCGAAAGACUCGCCCAAAUCGCAAUCCGUGCUUGAAAUCCUGCAGACUGGUGAUAAACCGCUAGACAUCACACCGCGUGCUCAGAAACUUCCAUUCGACACAUCUUCGUUGAAAGAUCUGGUGGUUCGAGCUGGUGUUGUGACGCGCGCGCUGAAGGAAGUCAUUCGCAAAGCAGAAGGGGUCGCAACCAGCCCGCAAGACGUCUUCCCCCAAGAUCCCCCAUUUCGACGCAUCUUCGACAAACCCUCCCAUGACGACCUUGCCAGCUUUGAAGCUGCUCUCGCCGACUUUUAA